AUGCACACAGGCCAACGACUGCCAGUAGAUGAUGCAGAGCCAAUAGCCAACGGACGCUACAGCGAUUUUUGCUUUCCUCGUUGGACACCUCAUCAUUCGUUUGCGCCACCGACCGCCAUUGCCGUACACCGCGAAGGUUUACGGCCGCUCACUGAACGCCUACUGCGUGGUGCAGGGCUUGGGUGUUUUGUUCCGGGACUUCUUCAGCCGCAGGGAGAUGAAGUCGAGAAGAAGAUUCACCACAUCUUGGAGACGAUGGGCUUGAAGGACAGAGAUCGACGGAGAGCGGUCUAUGAAGGCUAUCGCCUGCUUGGCAUUCAGCAGUGCACUCGUGGACGGCUAAAGGGCCUUGUCUUCGAGGACCACAAUGGUGGGGCUGUGGUGCCACUGCCUCCAGAAGACACUGCAGAGCGUGAGCAAGAGAAGAGGACCGGGUUCCCAGCACCAGAAGCCGCGCGAGCUCCGAUGGGCAUUUUGGAGGACUUUGGAGCGAGCCCUUCCAACUUGCCACAGAAGCUUUUGGCCUGCCGCAUUUGCAUCACUGCGGACGCGGUGAACGUGGACCCGGACAUCUUCAACUCGGUGCAUGGCAACGGAUUGGUGUACGAUGGCCGGCUGAUUGUGGACCAUCAUUUUGGCACAACAGAUCCCGGGAUCUAUGGAGCGGGAUCCCUUUGCGAGUUCAGCCGGCGAUUCCAGCGGCAGAACUCGUGCGCCUGGCAAUGUUGCUCAUUAUAA